CUCAGUCUGCCCUGACCGUGGGGACUCGCUGAUGCAGAAUGUUCCACAUGUUCACUCCGCCGCUGUGCACCUUGACUCCCUGACAAGCUGCUUCCGGUUGGAGACGUGGCUCUGGGUUGCCAUAUUGAAGAUACGGGGACGGAGAAGCUAGUGAUUAACAGCGGGGGGAAAAACACAAAAUAUAAACCGACUAAAACUGGUUCGAGUCGACAGGACCGCCGCGGCUAGGAAACUAAACCCCUUAACUAUCACAUAGACCGAAAAUGGUGCUGUUGGCAGCGGCGGUGUGCACCAAGGCUGGGAAGGCGAUCGUGUCGCGGCAGUUCGUGGAGAUGACCCGCACGCGCGUCGAGGGGCUGCUGGCCGCCUUCCCCAAGCUGAUGAACAUGGGGAAGCAGCACACCUUCGUGGAGACGGAGAGCGUGCGCUACGUGUACCAGCCGCUGGAGAAGCUCUACAUGGUGCUCAUCACCACCAAGAACAGCAACAUCCUGGAGGACCUGGAGACCCUCAGACUCUUCUCUCGGGUGAUCCCGGAGUAUUGCCGUGUGCUGGAGGAGAGUGAGAUCUCGGAGCACUGCUUCGAUCUUAUCUUUGCCUUCGACGAGAUCGUGGCGCUGGGGUACCGUGAGAACGUCAACCUGGCGCAGAUCCGUACCUUCACCGAGAUGGACUCUCACGAGGAGAAGGUCUUCAGAGCAGUCAGAGAGACCCAGGAGCGCGAGGCGAAGGCGGAGAUGCGGCGGAAAGCGAAGGAGCUGCAGCAGGCUCGCCGGGACGCAGAGCGCUCGGGGAAGAAGGCUCCCGGCUUCGGCGGCUUCGGCAGCUCGGGCAUGGCCAGCAGCAACUCCGUCAACAUCAUCACAGACACGCUGAUCGAGCAGGAGAAGCCCAAGAGCAUACCCGCCACCAUCAGGCCGUCAGGUCCCAGUAAAGCGCUGAAACUGGGAGCGAAAGGGAAGGAAGUGGAUAAUUUCGUGGACAAGCUGAAGUCCGAAGGGGAGAACAUCAUCCUGUCCAGCUCAGGAAAGAGGAGCUCUGAGGCAGCCAAGGUGCUGCCCCCUCCUGUCAACAUGGAGAGCGUGCACAUGAGAAUCGAGGAGAAGAUCUCCCUGACCUGCGGGAGAGACGGGGGACUGCAGAACAUGGAGGUUCACGGGAUGAUCACGCUCAGAGUCUCCGACGACAAGACCAGCAGGAUCCGUGUCUACGUGGACAACAGCGACAAGAAGGGACUGCAGCUGCAGACCCACCCCAACGUGGAUAAGAAACUGUUUGCAGCGGACUCCGUGAUUGGACUGAAGAACCCCGAGAAAUCGUUUCCACUCAACAACGACGUGGGCGUGCUGAAGUGGAGGUUACAGAGCACUGAAGAGUCCCACAUCCCUCUGACCAUAAACUGCUGGCCCUCGGAGAGUGGGAACGGCUGCGAUGUGAACAUUGAGUAUGAGCUGCAGGAGGAGAGUCUGGAACUCAACGAUGUGGUCAUUACCAUCCCUGUGCCCUCGGGCGUGGGCGCCCCGGUGAUCGGAGACCUCGACGGCGAGUAUCGCCACGACAGUCGGCGGAACGUCCUGGAGUGGACUCUGCCCAUCAUCGAUGCCAAGAACAAGUCCGGCAGCAUGGAGUUCAGCAUCGCGGGGCAGCCCAGCGACUUCUUCCCAGUGAACGUGUCCUUCGUGUCCAAGCGCAACUACUGCGACAUCCAGGUUUCCAAAGUGAGUCAAGUAGACGGUAACAGCCCUGUGAGGUUCUCCACAGAGACGUCCUUCGUCGUCGACAAAUACGAAAUACUGUAAAAAAAGAAAAAAAAAAAAAAACAUGAUAGAUCUAGUCUGUCCGCCUGUAUAACAUGUUCAAGAAACAACAGUCCUUCAGCUGGACAAUGCCCAACUAAGCCCUUUGCGGUGGUGCACAGUAUUUGGUGUAUUUAUACCUUUAUAUAUAAAUAUGUGUUCAAAAUGUCAAUGUCAACCCGAAGCACAGUGUGCGCUGCAUCAGCAGAGGAGAAACAAGAAUCAAAAACCAGGUAAUAAGUGGAAGAGCAGUCCUUGUGUGUGGCGGGGGGGCAGGGUAAUUGACGCGUCGCCUGAUGGGUUCCUCGAAGUAAAGUCUUCUUCUGCUGUUCCAUCAGGCGACAUGUCGAUUCUGUGCAGCACGGUCCAUUUCCUUCCCUUUUCGGUAUGUGUGACCUACCUUGUUUUCCUUGUUGAUUUAUUCUUUCUGAAAGAGAACAUGUGGGGGAUUCAGACAACUUGGGCUCGCUGUUGUGAACCUAACAACAUUAAACAACCCUGGGCAAAACACUAAAUAAAUCCUGUAUUUUGAUUGUUAAACAGCAGAUUGUGACGCUGGGCAUUACAGUACAAAGUUGCUCACUUCUGAAUCCCCUCGUUUUCUGUUUUCUGUUUUUUUUUGUGUGUGUGUUUUGGUGGGAAGGAUCCCAGUGCAAGUCAUUCGGAAGAUCUGUUUGUUUUUUAAGCCACAGGUUUCGCUCCUGUUGUGCAUGAAACAAAAAAAACAACCAAAAAAAAAAGCCAGACUGACCAGACAAAAUAAAUUCUGAUCCACUCCAGUGUUUUUAAUCAAACUGUUCUUCCUUGAUUUUUUUUUUUUUUUUUUUUAAUAGCAGGUUGUGGUUAUAUCGGGGGUAGAUAUUUAUUUAUGAGAAAUGUCCUGUCCCCUACGUACCCAAUUUUUAAAAACUACAUCUCCCUAUCCCCCUGUCCCAACACAAACUCGAUCCCAAGUCUUCUAACCUCAUUACAUCUGCUCAGCAUGUUGAACUGCGGAUUUGUUUUGCCUGGUCCGACCGCAGCGCUGGGUGGAGUUGUUCCAAUCACUUGUUGUCUAAUAACUUUUCUGUGAGUAAUUGAAAGCACCAACACAAUCCUGGAGUGUAGAGCCCCUGUAGUGCCUGCAUUGUAACCUGAAAUCUGCUUUCUGGUAAGCACGGUCUGCGGAGAGGCAGGGAAGGAGGGAACCUGCUUGAUUCUUGUAGUUAAGGGAGAGGAGGUGGUGUGGUGUCAUUAGUAGCCUCGCCUCCCCACCCUUACCCAGUCAUGUUAUUGAUGCCCCUGAUCUUAGUUUCCUGUCCUUACGUUACAUCUGCGUACUGACUUUUAGCUCUGAUUGUCGACUUUAGUUGGAGAAAGAAAUAUUUUUUUGUGUUUUUGUUUUUUCUGGGAUUUUUUUUUUUUUUUUUCUUGGGGGGGGGGGGGGAGGGUAAAUUUAAAAUGGUUUUGUAACCCUGUAAAAGUAUCAUUAGAAAGGGGAAUACAAUUAACAUUCCACUGUAAAAAUAAAGAAAGAAAAAAAAAAGACAAAUCUUUAAUCGAUUAAAGUGUAUUAUAAAAGUUGGAA